AUGUCUGCUAUAGAACGCCUUAUUGAAAUUGCAGACUCAAUGCUUUAUCAUGUAUCUGAAUAUGUCAUAGAAGAAGAAGCUGAGAUAGCACAACAGUAUCAACAAGAGUUCGAUUGUAUCUGUAUCUCUUUGCAUAUACAGGGUUGUUUGAAUAUAAACACUUUAUCUGACAAGGAUUCCCCAGUCGAUGACUGUGUUGGCUUCAUUAACAGCACAUUUAACAAAAUAGCUAGGCCAAUAGUUGGUCAGGAUGUUGUCUAUAAUGAACAUUAUAGAGGACAUGGUAUUAAGUAUCAGGCAGUAGUAACACCUGAUGGUAUCACUUCUUCUAUUAUGGGGUCUGAGACAGGCGACCGACAUGAUACGCACCUAUAUCUAGAGAGUGGUCUAGAGGAGAAAAUGCGUCAAACAUUUGAUUUCAGAGAUAUAAACAACGGUCCUUGUUAUUUUUUGUAUGGCGAUCCAGCUUAUACUGCAUCAGACUUUAUGAUAGUACUAUUUAACAGACGAAAGUAA